AUGGUAGAGGAUGUUGGCAAUGGUCCAAUUAUAGGAGAACAUAAUGAAGAGAUUCCGGUUGAGGAUCAAGAUGACUUUGGGUAUCCUACCAAUCUUAAUGACACACUUGAGGAUAUAGUUGAUGUUGAAAUUGACAAUAAAAGGAAAAGAGAUUCAAAAAGACCUAGAGUUGGGGUUAAGGUGACGAAGUGGUUAGAUUCUAUUUUACCUGCAAUUGAAAAUCGAAGUAGCACUUUUAAAAGCAAAGACAAGGUUGGUUGUAGCAUUGAGGAAGUGAUGCAAGUGGUUGAAGGAAUUCCAAAAAUUGUCAAUGAUGAUGACCUUUUCAUGAAAGCUGCUGAUAUCUUAACUGAAAGAAAAAAUAGAGACAUGUUUAUUGUGUUAAAACAACCAAACCCAGAUGUGGCUUACAAACAAGAAAAUAUGAGUUCAAGCAACAGUAAUGGUGAUAAUGCUAACUCUUUGACAGAUGAUAGUGAUGAUGAAUUUUAUGACUUAAUCUCUAUAGGGUGUGUGCUGAAUGGUACAAGAAAGGUUCCAACAUUCAAGGAGACUGUGUCAAGGUGGUUUGGGAUAAUAUUAGAAGCUAUAUCUCGAAUGGCUAUUGAUUUCAGAAGUCCUAGUGAUCCUAAAUUCAAGAGAGUUCCAAAGAAAAUUAAAGAUGAUAAUCAAUAUUGGUCAUACUUUAAAGAUUGCAUCGAGGCAAUCAAUGGAACACAUGUACCAGUUGUUGUGCCUAGAGAAAGGCAAGUACCUUAUAUUAGUAGAAAUGGCAUCACAACCCAAAUAUCAUGGUUGUAUGUGAUCUUAAUGUGCUUUACAUUUUCUUGGGUUGGAUGGGAGGGUGCUGCUCACAAUGCACGUAUAUUCAUGGAGGCCCUUAUAGAGUUGAGCGAUAUCAUCUUCCGGAUUUCGAACGAGGAAGCCAAACAAGAGGGAAAAAAGAAAUCUUCAAUCAUAGACAUAUUCAUCGCUAUGAUGCACAAUUGA